UCACACUCCAUUUACAUUUCUCUUCAGAUCAGAUCAAGAAUCCAUUUCAUAUUGUUGCAUUCAGUUUUUAGAAAGAAAAAAAAGAUGGCAGGAAUCAUUCACAAGAUUGAAGAAAAACUCGGCAUGGGAGGCCACAACGAUGGUGAAGAACACAAGGGAGAGCACAAACCCGAACACGGGUAUGGUGAACACAAGCCCGAGCACAAACCCGAACACAGCCAUGGCGAGCACAAGGAGGGAUUUGGAGAGAAGAUCAAGGACAAAAUUCAUGGUGACGCGGGUGAACACUCCAAGGAAGAGAAGAAAAAGAAGAAGAAAGACAAGAAGAAGCACGAACACGGCCACAAGCAUCAUGGUGACAGCAGUAGUGAUAGCGAUAGCGAUUAGGUACAUUUUAAAGAUGAAGUUUACAAUCAUUAAUAACUAUAAUAUAGAAUUCAUACAUCGUAACUCACAAUUAAUGAUAAUACUUCCCUAUUUUCUUUGCUU